AUGGCCAACGCAGGCGUCAAGAUCGGCAAAUUGACUUUUUACAACAUCCUGUUGGCCAUUUUUGCAUGUAGCGGAGGUUUUGCCUACGGAUUCGCCUACCAAGCGCUCACAGCGAGCAUCGGGCAGCCACAGUUCUACAUUUAUCUUGGCCUUGAACGAGGCACCACCUACACGGCCAACAUCUUGGGAGCCAUAAAUGGACUCUUCUUUGCGGGUGGGGCAUUCGGCUCUGUGUCCCAGAGUUGGGUCGGCGACAAACUCGGCCGGAGGAAGGCGUUGAUCAUUGCCUCUGCGUUGGCCCUCAUCGGCUCCAGUCUGGUGGCGGGCACCGUCCACGUCGUGAUGUUGAUUGUAUUCCGGCUUGUCCAGGGAUGGGGCACUGGCAUGAUUGUCACGCUGGCUCCGAUCUACCUGGCCGAGAUCUCUCCGCCUCAACAUCGCGGUUUGUUGCUGGGCUCGUUCGCGACCAGUCUGGGAAUUGGCAUGAACGUGGUCGGAUGGAUCAGUCUGGGGACCUACUAUGCCCAAAAUCCGAGUGUGCAAUGGCGACUGCCGCUGGCAUUGGCCUGCAUCGGUCCAUUGGUCAUGUUCGUUGGUUCAUUUUUCAUCCCAGAGUCGCCCCGGUGGCUGCUCUGGCAAGGCAAAUCAGACCAGGCCUGGUCCAUUCUCAAAAAACUGCACGAAGGGCCAACUCAUAGUGACCAAGUUGAACAGACCGCCAACGCCGAGUUUAUCCAGAUCCAACGGCAGAUCGACUACGACAAGACCAUGGGGGUGACGUACUGGCAGAUUGUCAAGCAGCCAAGCUAUCGAAAACGGGCCUUGAUUGUCAUUGUGGCCAUGUUCGCCUACCAAAGUACUGGCGCCUUCGGCAUUGGUAAUUACAAGAUACUAAUCUACGAGAAUCUGGGCUUCCGUGGCUCGAUGCCUCUCCUGCUGAAUGCCUUGUACACAUUUAUUGGCACGUGUGGUGUUAUGUUGGCCUCCAUCUACGUUGACAAGACGGGUCGAAAAAUCUUAUUUCUUGUCGGCCUGCCUGCUAUGGCUGCGGCGUUGCUGGCCGAAGCAUUACUAUCCCGAAGAUACGUCGCCACCGACGACAAGGCCGGGAAUGCCGCCUGUAUCGUUGUUUUGUUUCUCUUUGUGUUUACCCUUGACCUGACCCUGGGCCCGUCAAUUUUUAUCUAUGUGUCCGAGCUGUGGCCGACUCCGCUGCGAGCCAAGGGGUUGGCUAUCGCAUGGUUUACUUAUUUUCUGGGUGCUAUCACCUACACGUCAUCCUCGGCGCUGGCCUUUGAGAAGAUCGGGUGGAGGAUGUAUAUGGUCUGGUUUACGUGCAACAUUGUGAACUUCUUCAUCGUGUGGUUUUACUUCCCGGAAACGACAAACAAGACGCUGGAGGAGAUCAGUGAGCUUUUUGGUGACAAAGUCGUCGUCCGCAUCACCGCCGAUGGAAAGAACCUGGAGGGAGACAAGAUCAUCGAGAUCAAGACGACCGGAGAGAAGGAUGAGGGUGGUGAUCAUGUGCAGGUGGAAGUGAUUGAGAACACCAAAGGGCGGGACUAG